AUGGCAACUUUGGUUGCUUUAGUAGUAGUGAUAGUUUUAAUUGUAUUCCUGGACUGGUGCUAUAAGGUUUACAAAAGGAACAAACAGCUGGAGAAAAUACCUGGACCAUGGCCUGUUCCAUUUUUCGGUUACAAGCUACCAACAAAUGUAUUUGAUUUAAAGUGUAUGUUUGAUGAGCUCAUUGAAAAAUAUGGAAAAACUUGCAAAUUAUACAUUGGAGAAUCUCUUCAUAUUGUAACAUGUGAUGCAAAUCUAAUAGAACAUGUGAUGAAAUCAAAUGUCCACAUUAAGAGAACUAAAGUAUACGAUUUGGCAAAACCUUGGUUGAAAGAUGGUUUAAUUGUUAGUGCAGGUGAUAAAUGGAGACAAAGAAGAAAAAUGUGCACUCCAUCUUUCCAUUUUAGCGUGCUCAAAGACUUUUUUACACUUUUCAAAAGAUCUUCAAACACUUUGAUUGAAAGACUUGAUGAACAAGCUGACAAAGGUGUCGAAAUAGAUGCAAGAGAAUUCAUAUCAAAAUUUUCUUUCGAAGUUAUUGCCGAAUCAUCGUUCGGAAUAAGAAUAAAUGUACAGAACGGCGAAGGACUGGAUUACAUCAAAUCUGUCGACAACUACGCAAAAAUCGUUUUUACAAGAGCCUUUUCAAUGUGGAAACGCUUCGAAAUUCUAUUUAAACUUUUCUCUGAAGAUUUCAAAAUACAUAAGAGUUCUUUGGAUGUCAUAGAUGAGAAGGCAAAGAUAAUCAUUCAAAAUAAACAUGAUCUGUAUAUAAAUAUGAAUGGAGGUACAGAAAUUUUACCUGCAAUUAAGAAAAAUACUAGUUUAAUAGAUCAACUCAUGCACAAUGCGAAACUUCCUGAUGAUGGUGUUCAUGAAGAAAUAAAUAAUUUUUUAUUCGCAGGAUACGACACUACAACCUCAGCUUUAUCUUUUACUUUAUUCGAAUUGUCUAAACAUAGGGAUGUACAAGAAAAAUUAUAUGAAGAAAUUAAAUCAACUCUAAACAACGAUUUCAGCAAACUAACCCACGAAAAUUUACAGUCAAUGAAAUAUUUAGACCAAGUGGUAAAAGAAAUGUUAAGGCUUCGAACACCAGUACCACUUAUUGAAAGAGAAUUGGAAGAAGAUCUUAAGCUCGGCGACAUAAUCUACCCCAAAGGAACAGCAAUAACAAUGCUACUCUACUGGCUGCACCAUCAUGAGGACUACUAUUCCGAACCUGAAAAAUUUGAUCCUGAACGAUUCAAUCCCGAUAAUCCCCAACCUUCAACUUUUACAUAUGUUCCUUUUAGUGCUGGUCCAAGAAAUUGUAUUGGUGAGUAA